AAUGUUGUGCUGUGUUUGUCUCCUGGAAAACACCAAUACCAUGGGUAUUUACGAGGAGGAUGGCAAGAAAUUGAAAAUGUCAGAAAUCAUACAACAACAUUUGUGGUUUAAGCCCAUGGAAAAUGAUGAACUGAGAUCCCAUAUAUGUUUCGUGUGCUGGGAACGUAUCAAUGACUUCCAUGAAUUCUAUGAACAAGCCGAACGAAUACAUGCCGAAUAUCAACUUAACAAAAAACAACACAAAUUGUUGAAUGUUAUUAAACAGGAGGAGAUACCAACUAGCACAAAUUCCAUUAAACAGGAACACGAUGAAGUGUUCAGUGAUAUACUGCAAUUAGAAAUUGAAAUUGGUGAUACGCCAAAAAGCGGUAAUGUCGACGAAAAACCUGAAAAGAAUCCCUUGGAGGAUUUUCAAAAGGAUAUGGAAGGUGAAAUCGAUGGCAAAUUGGAAGAUGAGGAUAUUCAAGUAAUGGAUAUAUGGCAAAGUAAUCCUUUGGAUGAUGAGCAAAAAUCUCAUGCAACGGAUAGUGAAUCUGAAAAUGAGGGAUCUAAUUAUGAGGACGAUGAUGACGACGAGGACGAUGAAGGACAAUCCGCUGAAUACAGUGAUGAGGAGUCUACAUCCCACGGAGAAGAAGAGGAAGGCACUGUCAAGCAAGAGCAGCAGGAGGAGAAGAAGAAAAAACCCACUCAAAACCGAAAACGGAAAACCAAAUCAUCGUCUGGCAAGCAAACAACCGAUGAUGUUAAGAAAAAACGUAAAGUGCAAUAUCGAUUCGAUCAUCAACAUACCGAGGAGAUGAUACAGAAACACAUACCAAUGGGUUGUAGUUUGUGUGUGUUUGUGGGUAAGACAUUUGCUGACAUUGUCGGUCACUUUAAGGAAUUCCAUCCAAAGAUACGACCCUAUAUUAUGUGCUGUGAUAAAAAGUUUACAAAACGAUUUUAUGUGGCACAGCAUGCUCUCAAGCAUGAGGAUCCCAAUUGUUUUAAGUGUAACGAGUGCAAUAAAUCAUUUACCACAACAUGUGGUCUGAGGGCACAUAACUUGAAUUAUCAUGCCCCCGAAGAAGAGCGAACCUAUGCCUGCGAUUUGUGUCCCAAAAAGUUUGCCCGACAAAAUCUAUUGGAAUUGCAUAAACCCUCACAUAUACCACGCGAACAGUGGCAAUUCUUUUGUGACAAAUGUCCAGCACCAAAGGCAUUUGCCAGUUUGUAUUUGCUGAACAUACACACAAGUAUGCAACACAAACGAGCCAAACACAUUUGUCAUGUCUGUGCCAAAGAGAUACGUGAUAAACAUUCGUUCGAGAAGCAUGUUCGAUUGCAUUUCGAACAGAGCGGACCCCGUGUACCAUGUCCCUAUCCCGACUGUGAUAGUUGGCUAAAAGAUGAGGAUAAUUUAAAGCAGCACCUGAAACGACACAAUCCCGAGGGUAUUAUCUAUAAGUGUCCCGAAUGUGAUAAAGUGGUGAAAAAUCGUCGUGCCCUGACAAAUCAUAAACGUUACAGUCAUUCCAAUGCCACAUUUCAGUGUGAACAAUGUGAUAAAACGUUUAAGAAAGCAAUUUCAUUAAGGGAGCACAUGACCCAGCAUACGGGUGAAACCCUAUACAAAUGUCCAUUUUGUCCGCGAACCUUUAAUUCAAAUGCCAAUAUGCAUGCUCAUAAAAAACGGGCCCAUCCCAUCGAAUGGGAGGAGUGGCGUAGAAAUAAAACUGGCAGUGCUCAAGUUUUAAUAAAAAAUCAAAAUCUUAGUUCUUUGUAA